UUCAAACUUGUGUUUCAACCCGGAAGCUGCUGUAGAGAUGAAGGACACACUUCGGAGCUACAUGUCAAAGUGGACAGGAGAGAGAAGUCACACAGCAGCGGCGAAGUGUCGUUCACAAUGAGAGCAACAGCCAAACACAAGGUGGUGACAUCAGGGAGGCUGACGGGAGGGGUCAAAGUGCAGCCGGCCAGAAGACAAGGGACUCCAAAUCCAGGGCCGCCCGCCCGCCCCGAGCCGGCCUACUCUCUGCACUCCACAGACGCAGAGGACCAGGUCACUACUCUCCACGAGGGUCUGGACCGCUGUGCUGCCUUGCUGGGUGGCAUCCUUCAGGCUGACGCGACAGCCUCACCAAGCGUUCCUACACCAGUGACGUGUGGAGCAGCCAAAACAAGACCAUCCACCUCACUUGGGAAGAAGCCCAUGAAGAAAGUACCUAAAAUGACAGUCCAGAGGAACUCUCCGUCCUGCCCACGAGCAGCAGGCGGCACCACUCCGAGAGCAACACACGCAUCUGGCUCUCCUGCUGCACACUCAGGAGUGAAGCUGCAUCCACCUCAGGGGCACACCAGAGUCCACGUCUCCCCAGCCCAGCCCCGCACCUCCGUCCUGCAGCCUGCGCUGCAGUCGUCUCGUCAGCCGGGGCAGCAGCCGCCUCCCGGUCAGACAGAACCCUGCCCGUCACACACGCACUGUAACGCGGAGGAGGAGGAGGAGGAGGAGGAGGAGGAGUGUGUCCCGGUGAGAGACAUCGAUACCCAGCACGCUGCCACACGCACAACUGGUGGACACGGCUGUGCCAUGGAGGUGUCAACCAUCCGUCAGGACACACACUGCGAGGGAGUGAAGACAGUUCAAUAUCUGCUGGGAGAACUCAAGGCUCUGAUCACCGGACAAGGCAGUGUUGCAGAGAGGCUGCUCAGUCACCUGGAGCAGGCCGUGUCCUCACCGCUGCUGAAUGAUGGCGACUCAAACAUCCAGACUGAGAGUGUUCCAGACAUGACGUCGCUGCACCGCCAAAACGUUCAGCUCCGCAGGCGUGUGCAGAUUUUGAACCAGCAGCUGAAGGAGAAAGAGAAAGCUGAGAGACGACAGAACAUGGAUAGCAACUCAGAAGUGGCGACUCUGCAGGAGGAGGAGCUCACCGUGGCUCAGUCCCGGCUGCAAGAGCUGCGGCGCGACGUCACAGAGUUGCGUACGGGCCUUCAGGACCGAGAGGCCCAGAACGCACUCAUCCGGACAGACUUGGAGGCGACGCGAAGCCGGCUGGUGGACGCGGAGCGAGAGAAGAGUGAGUUGGCCGCACUCGCCCAACAGAGACUGGAAGAGAUAGGGCGCCUGAAGAGGAUGCUCCAGAGCCGCAACUCAUCGGAGUGUCCUGCAGCAGCUGACACGCACCAGCCUCCCACCGAGCACGUCGCUCGGUACCUGAUGUCUCUCGGCCGGCUGGGUCCCGCGGCCGCACAGAGGGAGAGCGGCGCCGCGGUCCACUUGUGCGACGUCCCACCCCAGCGGGGCGACACACCCGCAGACCCCCCAGCUGCUCCCGUCGGCCGGUCACGCUGCCCGGGCGAAGUGCAGCCGCGCGGUUGGCGGGCGAACUCCACACUGUCCCAGUGCGAUGUGGAAUCUUUGUGGUCCGACUGGAGCGCGAGGUCGGGGUCGACCUUCGACACCCGGGACGAGGCGGCAUUCCGAGACGGCCUGGCAGCCCUGGAUGCGAGCAUAGCCAGUCUGCAGAAGACGAUUCAGCUGGAUCUGAGGAGGUGAUCCCUCCCCCGGCGCCACAUGAACUACUCUCCUCGUGUUUUCAUGAAAUAUACUGCACAAGCCUCCUCUGUAUCUUGUGUUUAGCUCUUUUCGAUCAUUUAAACUGUGACAUAUAAGAUUGGAAAUAAAGGAUUUUACUAAA